AUGUCGGAGGACACUACCGAGGUCCACGGCGAUCAACCCACGCGACCGGACUUCUCGCAACAGGAGAUUGGUGAGAUGUUGUACAACCUGCAGCAGCGCUCCGCCAAGACCGAAAAGACGGUGAUGACGCACAAAUUCGACCAGGAGAAUUUCGCGCGACAACAAGCGGCCCUCAACAAGCAGUUGGAGAAAACCCUAGCGGAUCUCACGACUGCAAUCAAUCGCCGCAUCCCAGUCCAGAUCAACGCGACGCCAUCACCACCCGUUUCGCGUGGUUGGACCCUCCCGCCAUCGAUAACGGUGAAACCUGUCGGUUUCGAUCCCGAGACACACCCAAAGCUCAAAGGUGAUGCUCCUCGCUUCAACGGUGAGAACGCCACGACAUGGAUCCGAAAGAUCCAGAAAUUCUACAACCACAGUUUCACCCCACUCGAUGAUCGGGUAUACUUGACGUCGUUUCUUUUCGACGAUCCGGCGGCUGAUUGGCUGAACUAUUGGGAAGACAACGUCGAGCACAAAGAUUGGGAAGGGUUCCUCCUCGCGGUGAAACAACGUUUUGACCCUGAUCUCUACAUUGAUUAUGUGGGUCGCCUCGCUGAUCUUCGUCAGACAACAACGGUCGAGGCUUAUCAGACAGCUUUUGAAUCCUACCUCCAGAAGGCCCCCCAUGUGGGUGACGCGACUCUUACGUCGCUGUUUAUUACGGGGCUGAACUCCCCUCUAAAACAGGAACUAUUGACACGACGACCAGCCACUCUCCAGGAAGCUUUCGCUGUCACCCAACAGUUGGCAGCUUGCCAAGCGAUCACUGCUCCGGCGGCACAAAACACGACGACUCGCCCUUCAUGGUCCAACCGCAACAGCCGCAACACUGUCUUGACAUCCCAGACCCAGCCGACGGGGCAACCGGCACCUGCGACGGGCGCACCAACCCCGAAACCCUCCCGCGAGGGUCAGCCACCAACUGACUUUCCCAUCGUAAAGAUAUCAGCGGCCGAGCGCGCUGACCGGGCCCGACGAGGCUUAUGUUAUUACUGCCCGGAGAAGUACACUCGUUCUCAUGUCUGCAGCACCAAGUUCUACGCUCUCCUGGGAAUAGAUGAUGAGCACAAUGUGACCCAGUCAGAAUCGCCCGAGGAGUCCGACGAGGAGGCGGAAAAUAUGGUCAUCACGGGCGAUGUGUCUAGCGUCCAUGUAAUCGGCCCCAAGAUUCGACCACGUUCCAUUCGUUUAACAGGCAUCCUCGGAGAAGCAUCGGUCUCGGUUUUGAUCGAUGGUGGCAGCACUCACAAUUUUAUAAAGCCUACCGUGGCAGAAAAGCUAAGUCUUCCUUUACACUCUAUUAAACCCUUCCGUGUAUUUGUGGGGAAUGGUGAAUCGCUUAAAUGUUCUUAUGUAUGCUUGGGUACCCCCAUCGUGUUGCAGGGUCAUCGUUUCGUCGUUGAUCUAUUUAUUUUACAAGUGGAGGGACCGGAUGUUAUUUUAGGGGUCCAAUGGCUGCAAGAUUUAGGAGAUGUCACAAAAAACUACCGUCGUCUAACGAUGAAAUUUGAAGUGGACAAUCAAUCAAUUGAGUUACAAGGAGAUGGGGCCGAGCUGCGCUCAAUAUCAUAUCACAAUUUAUUCUCCCUCAUCGGACAGGAGCCGACGGUAGAACUCUUUGAGAUCUUUCCACUGGUAUCUCCCUCAGUUCUGGCACCCCCUUCACCGACACCGACUGACCCCAAACUGGUCGAUAUUCUGGACUCCUUUGAGUCUGUUUUUUCGGAGCCAACAUCUCUUCCACCGGCAAGGAGAUGGGACCACCGUAUACAUCUCUCUCCUUCCUCAAAACCGGUGAACGUGAGGCCCUACCGCUACCCCUAUUUUCAAAAAAACGAAAUUGAGCAGCAGGUUUCUGAGAUGUUGAAGCAAGGGCUUAUUCGGCAUAGUACUAGCCCGUUCUCGUCGCCGGUCCUUCUAGUUCGCAAGAAGGAUGGUAGCUUCCGAUUUUGCGUGGACUACCGGGCCCUAAAUGCUGCCACUACUCCGGAUCACUUCCCGAUCCCCACUGCAGAUGAGCUUUUCGAUGAGCUACAAGCAGCCCGGGUAUUCUCAAAGUUGGACCUCCGUUCGGGCUACCACCAAAUCAGAAUGCACUCUGAUGACGUCCACAAGACGGCCUUUCGUACCCACGACGGCCAUUUCGAGUUCCUAGUGAUGCCAUUCGGUCUCACGAAUGCACCGUCCACCUUCUAA